AUAAUUGGGCAAUCAGCCUGGGAGGAGACUGCGCCGCCCGGCGCGCCAGCCAGCAUCACAAAGUGCGCCUAUCAACUAAUAGCUGGCUGCCGAGAGAGGCGCAGUCAGUGUCGGACCCGCAAGCCGAGCGGAAUCUCCUCCACCGCGCUCCUCGCUCGCUCGCUGAUCGCACGUGCACUCUGCACACAACGCAGCGCGCGCACACUCGUCCCGCGUGCUUCGGAUUUUCCUUCCUCGCCAAAUUGCCAAUUGCGGGACCCCGGUUCGAUGGUUUUCCACUGCUGAGAGCCCCUGGUUGAUGAACUCAUCGGCGAUGCAGCAACAAGCGCAUAUGGUGGAGCACCGUUUGCCCCUGGCGACCCCCAGUCCGGGCCACAACUCGCCCCUCAGCCCUGAGGGCUGCGCCGAAGACUCGCCCCUGCAGCCGCCCAGCGAGACGUCGUCCUCGCCGUCGCCGCACACAACCGUCUCGCUGGCCACGACGGUCAGCGUGACCAGCGCGCCCAACAGUUGCCCCACUUGGUGGCAUCCUCACGUGUACGCGCGGCCCCCGAAGCGGCCCACGCCGCACUUCAUCGACAACAUUUUGGGCAAGGCGGCGGAAGGGGCCGCCACCGAUGAACAGCCCCUCAACCUUACCACCAAGCCGAGGGACGCGGCGGCCCCCAAGGUGACGCCUCCAGCGCCCGCUCGCCCCUUCCGAGAGCCACCCUUGCUCAAUGGAGCCCACAGAUUUGAGUCUAAGUCUGCAACUCCUACAAAAGACGUUCCAAACAAAAAACGCAAGAAGGAGGUGGUGGUGGCCGCCGCGAACGGAGUGGUGCCGCCCGCACUGCCUCCGGCGCCCGCAACCACCCCCGACGGGGUGCACAGCGAGGACGGGGGCAGCGCCAGCGAGGAUAGCGGCUCUGGGGGCCCGGGGGCCAAGAAGAAAAAGGCGCGCACCACUUUCACCGGCAGACAAAUUUUCGAGCUGGAAAAGCAGUUUGAGCUGAAGAAGUACUUGAGCUCCAGUGAGAGGGCUGAAAUGGCCAAACUACUCAACGUCACUGAAACACAGGUGAAGAUCUGGUUCCAAAAUCGACGCACCAAGUGGAAGAAGCAGGACAACAUCAGCAACGCCGAAGCUGCCGAGCACAAAAACCUGCACUCGGGCGGCAAGGAGAAGAGCAAGCAGAAGUCGAAGCCGAAGAACGACGCCGGCGAGGAUCUGUCGCGCAUCUCGAGCAGCUCCGAGCACGAGAGCCGCAGCGUAGCCGGACACAGCGAGAGUUCGCGCGCGGCUGACCACGCGGCCACCAAUGGCCGCGAGGGUGACGGCGAGGAUGACGAUAUGGACGACCCUAGCAGUCCUUCUGGCAAACUCAUCAUCGACACUGACAUGAUGGACGCAGAUGGACCAUCGGACAUCCCUGUUGGCCAAAUGGAGGCCGUGACUGCCGGCGGUGCUGGCAAGCUGGGCGGCGACCGCGCUGCCACAGUGCCAUCUCCGGCGCCGGGAAAGACUCCGGUGGCGCCCUCGUUGCCCAUGAUCACCUCCGUCUCGGCAGUCGGCCCCAUUUCCGGCUCGCCAGGCGACGGAGAGGCUGUGCGCAGUUUGAAGAUCAAAGUGGACCGGGUGGCGGAGCGGGCGGCCGAGGUUGCCCGGGUGCCCCCGGUCGCGUCCCCAGGCGGCCAUCACAACAGCUAACAAGCGGCCGGCUCCCGGCCGGCGAAGAGCAAGGCCAAGUCGGGAAGGCUGAUCGUCAAAAUCACGAGAUCUCCCAGGCGCUGAUCGCAUCUCUGCUUUUACGCGCGCGUGUUACCGAUCAAAGUUUUUAUGCAGUGCCAAUUACAACGUGUGUGACAUUCAUUUGACUCUCGACGAGAGGAAGCGACUCGGUGGCGAUUUUACGAGUUUACCCUCACAGGUUAUCUGAGAAACAAUAUCCAUACAAUGUAUUUUUAUGUAAAACAAAAAGUGAAAUUUCUGUAUUGGAAAAAACUUUGUGUAUUUUAAAGCAGGUUUUACGCACUACUGAAACAAUGACGAUCUUUGUUACCAAUUGGAAAUUGUUUUAUUUAAAUUUUUGUGAAAAGAUGACAAUGUUUCGGUAGUGUGCUUCGAUUGACUGUUUGUAUCUUCUUGAUGUGGUUGAGUCAAUGGCGAUGAGAAUCUCUCCGGUUCAGAUUUUCAAAUGUGAGUAUGUACAUUAUAAGAUGGUUAACAUAAUUACUACACACAGCAAACUGUACUACAUGAGUAGAAAUGAUUGUCCCACAAAUGCUAUACGAAUCCAAAGUUUUCUGUCAGGCGCCAAAUUUGUACCUAAUUUGAGUGUUGCAUGUUAUUCCUUCAAGACAGAGAAUUUCUACACGGUGCAUUGAAAGUCUCUUAUUACACUACUUAAAUCUAAUCAUAUGGGAAAGCAUUACAAAAUAGUUUGUUAAGUUGAAAACCACGAGUCAUUUGUUGUUUUUCUUGUCAAAAAGGCGUCUGAUCAAAAUACACUGGCUGAGCUUUAAAAUGAAAAGUAACUUUGUAAAUAAAAGUUAACUGGUAUUCAA